UUUGUGUGUUCUCAGUGUUAAGGCUCAGUGUGUGUGUGGCUGUGAGCGCAGCGCUGUCGGGAGCGACUCUCAGCGGAGUAUUUAUAGUGGCAGCCGCCACCUCAGGACUAACCUGAGAACCUGACGGUUCUCUCCUCUCCUAUCGGAUCUUCUUCUUCUCUUUUUCCCUCUCUCCCUCUCUCUUUGUCUCUCUUUCUCCCCCCCCCCCCCUCCCCUCUCUUUCUCACUGUUUCUCGGACGAGUCUUUUGAAAAACAUCCUCGGAGUAUCGCUUUCCAUCUCCAGCUUUUGCUCCCUGCAGGGGAGCUGAGCUCUCGAUCCACCGGACAGAGUCGGGGCUCCAGGACUGCUGCACUUUUGUGUGUGUGUGUGUGUGUAUGUGUGUGUAUGUGUGUGCGUGUUUUACGAUUCCUUUCUCAUCCUCACAAAAGACUAUCAGAGAGAGCGUGACGGAAGAAAUCUAGUGCAUUUUAACCUUGGCUCACUCUCACUCUCGCGUGCGAGCGUGUGUUUUUUCGUCGCGUGAGCCAGCACCACCUGCGCCGCCAUGCAGGUGUCGUUCGUGUGCUCGGACCACCGGGGCAUGAGCCGGAGCACGGACGACCGGCUCAGCCGCCAGCAGAACGCCAACAGCCCCAGCGGCGGCGCGCGCGGAAAGUUCCGGGCCGUCGCCAUGGUGGCGCGCAGCCUAGGCCAGCUGUCGGUCCAGAGCGCUCCGACGUGCAGCGAACAGAGCAUAAGGACCGGCAUGAAGUAUAGAAACCUGGGGAAGUCGGGGCUGAGAGUGUCGUGCCUUGGGCUGGGAACAUGGGUCACAUUCGGAGGACAGAUCACAGAUGAGAUGGCGGAGCAGCUGUUGAUUUUGGCCUAUGAGAACGGGAUCAAUCUGUUCGACACAGCAGAGGUCUAUGCUGCAGGAAAGGCGGAGGUUGUACUUGGUAACAUCAUAAAGAAGAAAGGAUGGAGGCGAUCCAGUUUAGUGAUCACAACUAAAAUAUUCUGGGGUGGAAAGGCAGAAACUGAAAGAGGCUUAUCCAGAAAACACAUAAUAGAAGGUUUAAAAGCCUCGUUGGAGAGAUUGCAGUUGGAAUAUGUGGAUGUGGUGUUUGCAAAUAGGCCAGACCCCAACACACCUAUGGAAGAAACGGUGCGAGCAAUGACCUAUGUGAUCAAUCAGGGGAUGGCGAUGUACUGGGGAACCUCACGCUGGAGUCCUAUGGAGAUUAUGGAGGCGUACUCGGUGGCGCGGCAGUUUAACCAGAUCCCACCCAUCUGCGAGCAGGCCGAGUACCACAUGUUCCAGAGGGAGAAGGUGGAGGUGCAGCUGCCCGAGCUCUUUCACAAAAUAGGUGUGGGGGCGAUGACCUGGUCCCCUCUGGCGUGUGGGAUCAUCUCAGGGAAAUACGACAGCGGGGUGCCCCCCUACUCCCGCGCCUCUCUCAAGGGCUACCAGUGGCUGAAGGACAAGAUCUUGAGCGAGGAGGGCCGGCGCCAGCAGGCGAAGCUGAAAGAGCUGCAGGCCAUCGCCGAGCGGUUGGGCUGCACACUGCCGCAGCUCGCCAUUGCGUGGUGCCUAAGGAAUGAAGGAGUGAGUUCAGUGCUGUUAGGGGCUUCCAACACAGACCAGCUCAUGGAGAAUAUAGGAGCAAUACAGGUCCUUCCAAAGUUGUCCUCCUCAAUCACGCACGAGGUGGACAGCAUCCUGGGGAACAAGCCCUACAGUAAAAAGGAUUACCGCUCCUAAACACUCGGAUCCCCAGCUACUGGACUGCACCACGUCUCCAGUCCCCCCCACCCCACCCCACCCCCCUCGUCCCAUGCCUGUUCCUCUGCCCGCUUGAGCUACAACUGAAUGACACCCAACCGGCGCAUGAGACCGCCCCCUUCUCCUCCGGAGGGAAACUACGCCAUUUAGAAAAGAAAGAAAACAAAAACAUCUGGAAGAGAGAAGGGAUUCAAAAUAAAAAAAAUAACAUGUAUAGCUAGAUAGUAAAAGCAUAAGAAGCGUUUUAAAAGAGUUACAUCGAAUGGCAAUAGUACAUCAACACUGGCAGAGAAAGUGAAAUGAAUGAUGGGAUGUAUGAGGUCAUAGUUAAAAAACACAUGCAUACAAAACUGCUGAAACAUUUAAAAAAAGGGGAUGCCGAGGAAAAAAAGCACACGCUUGCUUGGCUGUUGGAACUAACUCGUUUUGAUUUUACUCUUUGCAUCGUAUAUUUUUUUAUCUUUUUUUAUUAAUUUUCGAAAUACUGAAUGCAUACAAGUGUAACUUACAUUUGAUAAUAGGUGUAACGUGGGGAUCACACUGACCAGCGGUAGUAGCGGCAAAAGCCGUAGUUUUUACUUUUGUUUCAGCCGCGGAGCGGUUGAUACUGCUAGCAUAACUGAGGAACAUUUCAGGCAUUCUGACCAAUUUCUUUUAAAUCAGCAAGAUUAUUUAUGGGGGCGGGAUGUCUUUUUCCGUUAGACAGAAAUUAGUACAACACGUCACUUAGCAAUGAGAUAGAACUUUGUUUAUACAAAUGGAAUUAUUAUGGUCUGAGCAUUGAGUUACGCGCUACCGCUGCUGCUUCUUAUAUUUAGUGUGAUCCCCACCAUAGAUAAACUAACGCGUCGCACAUGUCUCAUAGCCAACCAUCAGCUUCCGAUGGUUUCGUUUCAUGGCUUAAAAUGCCUCCAUCCACUUGCAUCUCUACCGUUGAAACGGUUCUCCGCGUAGUUCGUUUGUUCACAUCGCACGUGUACAGAAUGCAACUCUUCAAACCUGCACUUUAGGAACAUAGCUUGUGUGGAGUGGCUAUGGGAGGCGCUCUUGUCAGCGGUAACUCCCAACCCCCCCCUCGCAGGGAACCAGGUGGAGAUAUUAGCGUUAGCAUGUUUUUUUUUUUUUCAUCGCUAACCACUCCAGUGAUUCCCGUCGGUUCUCUGUACAGACUGCAGAGCCCUUGUCUAACCUGUCUAUCUGUCCGUCUGUCUGUCAAUCUGUUUCCCCUUUGACUGUCCUUACACAACAGUGGCAGUUCUGCAACAAGGGCAAACAAAUAUACAAAAAACACUGAUGGGUGGACUACACAAGUUAAUUUGCCUUGGUCUGACCCUAUGGUGGCUGGUGAUCCCUCAUCCCCUUCCUCCACCCCCCCUCUCUGUUGUUGGGCAUUCAGCUGAGGCCGCCUGCUUCCAGCACAGUACAGACUCACACGUUUACACGGAGAUGGCCGCCAACGCCCUCCAAACCUAACCGAACUGAACCACGCUUGCGUCAUUCAUGCCAGUUUAUAAGGCUUCUUUACAAAAAUAGCAGAGUAUAUAAAUAGAUAUAUACACACACAUACACACCACACUCAGUAUUUAUGAACUGCAGUAUACUCCCAUGUGUACAUUUAUUGCCAUGUAUCGCCAUUUAUCAUAUUUCUUUGCAUGGAUAAGUAUUUAAGGAGCUACUGAAUAACCUAAAUGACAGCGAAACACCAUCAUGUAUUAAGGUGUUGCAACACUGAGCGAGUUUCUCUAAACACUGGCACAAAUUGCCCCGGGGGGUAAAAUCACACUCGUGAGCGGGUGGCUGGGGGCAGCAGCCCUGCAGCUCUUGUCACCAGUGGCCUAUAAGAGUAGAGAUAGGUGUGACUGGCAGCUGUACCUGACCAGUAGGAUCACAGAGACUGUUCAAUGGCACUCAUUUGCCCACCCUGUCAGAGCUCAGGGAUCAGAACAGAAGAAAAACUUUUUAAAAAAUCCUGUGAGAAUUUCUCGAGUGACUGAGCGAACAGCAAAAAGGAAAAAAUAAAACACACACAAAAAAAAAAGAAACAUAGAGUGAGAAUUUCAGCGAGAGAGCGAGAGCGAGCCUGUAUAGUCUUACACGGUUGGAACGCCGUACUUCACUGUAUUUAUGAUCCGUCAUCUCUCUGCACUGAGGAGAACCAGUGACAUUUCCAUGUGGCUAAAGCCAAAGAUACCCCCCCGCCCCCUCUCUCAACCCCCCCUCCCCCGCCCCUCUGCCCAGUGACCUCAUCUACGCGCUGACAACAAAAAACAAAAGAGCUUGUUUAACUAACCGCAUGGACUACCCAGCCUUUGAACCCCAGUAUGCAACAUAUGUAUUCUCUCAACACCUGUACAGUCUUUCUGGUCAUGCCUUUUAACGUCGCAGUCCUGAACAGACCCUAAUGUAUACAUAAACGCACCCCUGUAAAUUGAAUGACAAGCUGACGCUAGUUUUUCUUUUGAUAACGGGUCAUUCUGUUGCAGUUUUCAAAAAGUAUGAUUUGCAUAGGAGCGAGGUUUGAAUCUUCUCCCCUAUUAGUAUUUUGAAUUGAGUUUUGAAUUGAUCUUGCCUUUAAAUGUGUAAAUAUUCAGGUGUGAGGUAGGCAGUCCUUUGAGCAUCUCUGGGUUAAGGAACAGUUUGGCCAUAUUUACCCCCCCCCCCCCCCUUCAGUGCCCUAAUAAUCCCUUCCCACUGGUCAUCCUUUGACAUGGUGCUCCACUGUAAACAGAUCUCUCUCAAGAGUCCUGACACCAGACCUGUGAGGGUGUUUAGUGCUCCACCCUCUCUGCAGCAGAGCCCCACCAGGAGGUGUUCAGUGCUCCAUCCUCUCCUUCUCUCUGGCUCUGCAGCAGAGCCCCUCCAGGAGGAAGGAGGUGCAGGCGACCUGUUAAAAGGUCAGCACCGCCGCAGGACGGCACCCGUUGAAGCGUUUCUCCGUUUCCUUCGCUCGUUUGUGCAUGGAGCCUUCUCUGGCUCCGCAAACGCUCACAUCCGACUCAAAUCAUUGUCAAGUACAGUUUCUGGAGAAGACACAUCAAAGCAUUAGUUAUUAGAGCUAUAUUUGGGUUCCUGUGGCAAAUCGUACAAACAAGUCCCGAGUAUGCACCGAGGAAUAUUCUUAUACUUUAUCUUUGUAUUGUUUCAUGUCUGUGACCUUAAGAAAACGAUGAGAGGGGUAUUACUUUCUGUCAUUGGUUUGAUUUUUUUUAAAACAUUACUCGUUUCCCUGGGUUGGUAUUGUCAUGGUGAUGGUAGUGAUGGAGGUGGUGAUGAGGAUGAUGAUGAUGAUAAAGAGCAGUUAUUUGCACUGAUUAUGCAUUGUGAGGACUCCUGUGAAUUGAACCCCACAUCAGACGUUACAUCUGUUCUCAGUGCUGAGUCAGAUAUCUUCUGUAUAUAGUUUGACCUAUGUAUAUAUAUAAUAGUGUAUAUAUACAUACAGCCGUUUCUCAUCACUUUGGCCUUUCUUUUUUUAUUUUCAUUGACAGGCAUUGCUAACUGCAUUGUGCUUGAAUCUGAAUUUAGAUAUGUACAGCUUCGGUAUCUAUGAAAUGAAAAAUUACAUCUAUGGAUAAGAAAAAAACUG